AUGCCGGACCCUCAAGUACUCACACUAGUUCUAGCCUGGAUCGGAGCACUUGUCGUCUUCUGUUUUCUACUGGAACCCUUUCUAAGCCUUUUGCAAGUGUGCAGAUCUCUCUUGGCGCCGUGGUUCUUACCUCACGAGGAAACUUCGUUGCCAAAGAAGUUUGGUUCGUGGGCACUAAUUACAGGCUCAACAGAUGGCAUCGGUAAAGCGUACGCUCUGGAAUUGGCAAAAAGGGGGAUGAAUAUCGUCCUCGUUAGCAGAAAUAUAAACAAGCUAAGGGACGCUCAAAGGGAAAUAGAAUCAAAAUACUCCGUCAAAACAAAAGCUAUCCAAGUGGAUUUUUCCGUCGAUAAGGACGCCACCCAGAUCGUCAAGAAAGAACUUCAAGAUUUGCCGAUCGGAAUAUUAGUCAACAAUGUUGGAAAACAGUACGAAUACCCCAUGUACCUUGGCGAAGUCCCUGAAAAAGAACUGUGGGAUAUAAUAAACGUCAACGUCGGAGCAGUGACGUUGAUGUGCAGAGCGUUCAUAGAAGAUAUGAAACAAAGAGGCAGAGGAGCCAUAGUCAACGUGUCUUCGGGUUCGGAAAUACAGCCGCUGCCUCUUAUGACCGUUUAUGCGGCGACUAAGACAUACGUCAGAAAUUUUACCUUAGCACUACGUUCCGAAUACGCACCACACGGGAUAACGAUCCAACAUUUGGCCCCCAUGUUCGUCGCAACGAAGAUGAAUCAUUUCAGCGAGAAGAUUAAUAGAAAAAGUUUAUUCGUACCCGACGCUGAGAGUUACGCUAGAUACGCGGUGGCAACUCUGGGGAAAAUGGAUAACUCCACGGGCUACUGGACCCACGGCUUACAGACCUUCCUUUGCGAGAUUCCACCGGAAUGGUUCAGAAUAUACGUCGGUGGACACAUGAACAAAAUAUUUCGAAACGACUACCUAAAGUCUUCUCACAGAAUUAAAAGUCGUUGAAGUUAAAUAUUUGUGGAUAAGUCUACGUGUUUAUGGUUGGGAGUAGGUUAGUACUAUUCAGUCGAUUUUAUAAAGAGAUACUUUAUAAAGAGGAUUACCUAAAUUUAGAUAUUUAAGAAAAAGUACACUUUUUGUUGCAAAUACUGAUGAAUAUAUCAAUUUGUAAGAAGAUUUCUUGAUCAACCUAAAAUCAGGGGACAGUAAAUUGGGUCACUACCAAAAGUAACUUGUAAAUUUAAUUAUGUUUUAUACAUACGAAUACAGUUAGUAGCCCCAUAUUUUCAAAAUGAGACACUCAAAAAAAACUCCAAAUCGGAGAUGGGAUUUUCACAAAAAUGUUCUUUAAGUGUGUCAAUUUCAUUUCAAAGCAUAUUUAAAUUUUUAAUGGCGAUUAUGGAAUAUUUGACACUAUACUUGUCUAGAUUAGCUUUAAAAAUAACCUUAUGGGGGUUUGUAAUUUGAUGUGGUUGCUCAGCGUCACUUGGUGAUAAUUUAGUUACCAGAAUAGCCCGUUCUUACGUUAAACUGGUUGCCUAGAUAUAACAGAGCGCAAUAUUUUAUAGAGAGACUUUUGAAACCACUGUAAUAACGGGUUAACAAGAUUUAUUUCUACUAAACAAUGUUAUAUUAUACCUUUAAAAACGUAAAAUUUGUCUGUGAUUGUUUUUCAAAUAAAUUUGAUA